UCUCUUACUCCUAUACUAUACAACAUCAUCUGGACUCCUUUAGCUCUCUCUCUCAAACUCUGUCUCUCUCUGUCUCAUACACAGAGAAUGGCUUCUCUAUUCAGAGACCUCUCCUUAGGCCAUUCUAAGAGAGAGUCAACUCCAUCACCACCUCCGCCGUUACAACCGCCGUCAAGAAUGCCUUCCUCCAAACUCACCAUCCCGGAUCUCGAUUCGCCACUCGGCCAGCUCUCCUCUCGCCUCACCGAUUCCGACCUUCGCGCCACCGCCUACGAGAUCUUUGUCGCCGUUUCUCGAACCUCCGCUGGAAAAGCCCUAACUUACAUCUCAUCAAACUCCGACGCGCCUAAUAAUAAUAAUAAUAUUCAUCAGCAUCAUCAUCACGCGCCUCACUCGCCCAACUCUCCCGCCUUGCAAAGGUCUCUUACUUCUGCUGCUGCUAGUAAAAUGAAAAAAGCUUUCGGCUUGAAAUCUCCUACUGCUUCUAAAAAGAGUCCCGGUUCUGGGCCGGGUUCGGGUCAGGGCAAGCCACACCGGCCUUUGACUGUAGGAGAGUUGAUGAGGUGUCAAAUGCGGGUUUCGGAGAGUGUUGAUUCUAGAAUUAGAAGAGCACUUGUUAGGGUUGCUGCUGGUCAGGUCGGAAGGAGAAUUGAGUCGAUUGUUCUUCCACUAGAGCUUUUACAGCAGCUUAAGCUUUCAGAUUUUCCAGAUCAACAAGAAUACGAAAUAUGGCAGAAGAGAACUCUAAAAAUUCUUGAGGUUGGACUUCUUAUGCAUCCUCGUGUGCCACUUGAUAAGUCAAAUCUUAAUUCACAGCGGCUGCGGCAAAUUGUUAAUGGAGCUAUGGAUAGGCCUAUGGAAACUGGAAAAAACAAUGAGUCAAUGCAAGUGCUUCGUGGUGCUGUUACAUCUCUUGCUAGUAGAUCUGAUGGGUCCAUUUCUGAGAUUUGCCACUGGGCUGAUGGGAUUCCACUGAACCUGCGUCUCUAUGAAAUGCUUUUAGAAGCCUGCUUUGACGUCAAUGAUGAAACUUCUAUAGUUGAGGAAAUUGAUGAACUUAUGGAACACAUAAAGAAGACUUGGACUAUUCUUGGAAUGAAUCAAAUGUUCCAUAACCUCUGUUUUACAUGGGUUUUAUUUCAUCGCUUUGUUGCAACUGGCCAAGUGGAAACAGACCUACUUGAUGCUGCUGAUGGUCAACUGGCUGAAGUUGCAAAAGAUGCAAAGACGACAAAGGAUCCACAAUAUGCAAAGAUUUUGAGUUCUACAUUGAGUUCAAUAUUGGGUUGGGCAGAAAAAAGGCUUCUUGCAUAUCAUGAAACAUUUGAUACAGGUAAUAUUGAAGCCAUGCAAAGCAUCGUUUCUCUGGGGGUGUCAGCGGCCAAGAUUCUGGUUGAGGAUAUAUCUACUGAAUAUCGUAGAAAGAGGAAAGGUGAAGUUGAUGUGGCUCGGAGUAGGAUUGACACCUACAUCAGAUCGUCUCUACGAACUGUUUUUGCUCAGAGAAUGGAGAAAGCAGACUCGAGUAGGAGAGCAUCCAGAAAUCAGCCCAAUCCUCUUCCUGUUCUUGCAAUCCUUGCAAAGGAUGUUGGUGAGCUGGCAGUUAAUGAGAAGCAAGUGUAUAGUCCGAUACUGAAGAGAUGGCACCCGUUUGCAGCAGGUGUAGCUGUGGCCACACUGCAUGCUUGCUACGGGAAUGAGCUAAAACAAUUCAUUUCCGGCAUAAUGGAAUUAACGCCAGAUGCUGUACAAGUUCUUAGAGCUGCAGAUAAGCUGGAGAAAGAUCUUGUUCAAAUUGCUGUAGAAGAUUCAGUGGACAGUGAUGAUGGUGGAAAGGCAAUAAUCCGUGAAAUGCCUCCUUAUGAAGCUGAAGCUGCAAUUGCCAAUCUUGUUAAAGCAUGGAUCAGAGCAAGACUGGACAGACUAAAAGAAUGGGUUGAUAGAAACUUGCAACAGGAAGUGUGGAAUCCACAAGCAAAUCAAGAAAGAUUUGCUCCAUCUGCUGUUGAAGUUUUGCGAAUCAUUGAUGAAACUUUGGACGCUUAUUUUCAGCUGCCGAUACCAAUGCAUCCAGCAUUGCUGCCUGACUUGAUUGCUGGUCUGGAUAGAUGUCUUCAAUAUUAUGCGACCAAGGCAAAAUCUGGCUGUGGAUCGCGGAAUACAUUUAUACCAACUAUGCCAGCGUUAACCAGAUGUACUACGGAAUCAAAGUUUCAAGGUGUCUGGAAAAAGAAAGAGAAGUCGCCGAAUCCUCAGAAGAAGAAUCCGCAGGUAGCAACAAUAAAUGGGGAUAAUUCUUUUGGGAUAUCCCAGCUGUGUAUGCGUAUAAACACUUUGCAUCGACUCCGUACGGAAUUGGAUGUUUUGGAGAAGAGAAUAAUCACUCAUUUAAGGAACUCUGAAUCUGCUCGUACAGAAGAUUUUUCAAAUGGAUUGACAAAGAGAUUUGAACUCACACCAUCUGCUUGCGUGGAAGGAGUUCAACAACUCAGUGAGGCACUAGCUUAUAAAAUCGUUUUCCAUGAUCUGAGUCAUGUCUUAUGGGAUGGUUUGUAUGUUGGUGAGCCAUCAUCUUCUAGAAUUGAUCCUUUUCUUCAGGAGCUUGAGCGUAAUUUGAUCAUCAUAUCAGAUACUAUGCAUGAAAGAGUUCGUACUCGAGUUGUUACUGAUUUAAUGCGAGCCUCUUUUGAUGGAUUCUUGCUUGUUUUGCUUGCUGGAGGGCCCUCCCGUGCUUUUAAUCGACAGGAUUCUGAAAUAAUAGAAGACGAUUUUAAAUCCCUUAAAGAUCUAUUUUGGUCCAACGGGGAUGGCUUGCCUGCAGAACUGAUAGAUAAGUUUUCAAUCACAGCCAGAGGUGUACUUCCCCUUUAUCGAACUGAUACAGAAAGCCUCAUUGAGCGAUUCAGACGUGAAACCUUGGAAGCGUAUGGCUCUUCUGCCAGGUCCAGACUUCCACUGCCUCCAACUUCCGGAGAAUGGAACCCUACUGAACCAAACACACUCCUUCGUGUGUUGUGUUACCGGAAUGAUGAAUCAGCAUCGAAAUUCCUGAAGAAAACUUAUAAUUUGCCUAAGAAACUGUAAUAAAUUUGAGGUCCUGGGCAUGCGAGUAAGGCAAGUCCCAGCUCACAUGGGAACUGCAUAUGAAAGAAACUCCUGUGGCCAUGGUUGUAUUUGGCAAAGAUGACAUUGACAUGAUGGUCACUUUCAUGCUUGGAUGGGCUGCCAGGUGCCUUGGGAACUAGCAGUGAAUUUGUAUAGUACACUAGAAGUGUCGUGGCCAAGUCCAAGCCUCUUGGACGGGAUUUGGAAGCGGAAUAGAAGAAAUUAAGAGAGUGUGAGACUUCCGGCACUUGGCUUGUUGAAGGUGGGUAGAUAUACAGUAUUAUUUAUUCAAUUUUUCUAAGUUCACCAGAUUCCUUCUGCCCUGUUUUAUUUCUUUUCUUCUGUCUAUUCUCUACCGCAUUGCAUUACCUUCUGAGGUUGGUUGUUCCCAAUUUGUUUUUUUUCUUUUCUUUCUUAACAAAUUCCUUUACAUAGAGAUGUAUUCAUAUAUUAAAUGAUGCAGGCCUAGUAUAGUAGUUUAUAUUCUUUUCUCAUUACCUUGUAUUGUAAGGCUGGCUUCUGUUGAUUACUGUUUAUUUUAAUCAUAUCAUAUGUUUACCUA